CCCGCGCCCGCCAGGAGCCACGGUCCGAGCGUUGCGGAGCGCCGCAGUGGGCGCCGGCUGCCCGCAGCCCCUGACCCGGCCCCGGACGGAGCGCCGGCCGCACCACAGCCCUCUGGCCGUUGCCUCACCGGCUCGGCAAGAUGUCGGUGAAGGAGGGCGCACAGCGCAAGUGGGCAGCGCUGAAGGAGAAGCUGGGGCCGCAGGAUUCGGACCCCACGGAGGCCAACCUGGAGAGCGCGGACCCUGAGCUGUGCAUCCGGCUGCUCCAGAUGCCCUCUGUGGUCAACUACUCCGGCCUGCGCAAGCGCCUGGAGGGCAGCGACGGCGGCUGGAUGGUGCAGUUCCUGGAGCAGAGCGGCCUGGACCUGCUGCUCGAGGCGCUGGCGCGGCUGUCGGGCCGCGGCGUCGCACGCAUCUCGGACGCCCUGCUGCAGCUCACCUGCGUCAGCUGCGUGCGCGCCGUCAUGAACUCGCGGCAGGGCAUCGAGUACAUCCUCAGCAACCAGGGCUACGUGCGCCAGCUCUCCCAGGCCCUGGACACAUCCAACGUGAUGGUGAAGAAGCAAGUGUUUGAGCUACUGGCCGCCCUGUGCAUCUACUCUCCCGAGGGCCACGCACUGACCCUGGACGCCCUGGACCACUACAAGACGGUGUGCAGCCAGCAGUACCGCUUCAGCAUUGUCAUGAACGAGCUCUCCGGCAGUGACAACGUGCCCUACGUGGUCACCCUGCUCAGCGUGAUCAACGCCGUCAUCCUGGGCCCCGAGGACCUGCGCGCGCGCACCCAGCUGCGGAACGAGUUUAUCGGGCUGCAGCUGCUGGAUGUCCUGGCUCGCCUGCGAGACCUGGAGGACGCCGACCUGCUGAUCCAGCUGGAGGCCUUCGAGGAGGCUAAGGCCGAGGACGAGGAGGAGCUGCUGCGAGUCUCUGGCGGGGUCGACAUGAGCAGCCACCAGGAGGUCUUUGCCUCCCUGUUCCACAAGGUGAGCUGCUCCCCGGUGUCUGCCCAGCUCCUGUCGGUGCUGCAGGGCCUCCUGCACCUGGAGCCCACCCUCCGCUCCAGCCAGCUGCUCUGGGAGGCCCUGGAGAGCCUCGUGAACCGGGCCGUGCUCCUGGCCAGCGAUGCCCAGGAGUGCACCCUGGAGGAAGUGGUUGAGCGACUCCUGUCUGUCAAGGGGCGACCCAGACCAAGCCCCCUGGUCAAGGCCCAUAAAAGCGUCCAGGCCAACCUAGACCAGAGCCAGAGGGGCAGCUCCCUGCAAAACACUACAACCCCCAAGCCCAGUGUGAAGGGCCAGCAGCCAGCAGCAGCUGCUGCCUGCGAGCCUGUGGACCACGCCCAGAGUGAGAGCAUCCUGAAAGUUUCGCAGCCCAGAGCCACGGAGCAGCAGGAGUCCAUCCCGCUCCCACCCCCACCCCCACCCCCACCCCUGCUCCCUGUUUCCAGUGCCGAGCCCCCUCCCCCUCCCCCACCACCCCCCCUGCCCAGUGUGGGGGCUAAGGCCCUCCCAAUAGCACCCCCACCCCCACCCAUGCCAGGUCUGGGGGCCAUGGCCCCCCCAGCACCUCCUCUACCACCACCCCUGCCAGGCUCCUGUGAGUUCCUGCCCCCACCACCUCCACCACUCCCAGGCAUGAGAUGCCCGCCCCCACCCCCACCCCUGCUGCCUGGUAUGGGCUGGGGCCCUCCUCCACCCCCACCUCCACUACUGCCCUGCACCUGCAGCCCCCCCGUGGCGGGAGCCAUGGAGGAGGUCAUCGUGGCCCAGGUGGACCACAGCUUGGGCUCAGCAUGGGUCCCCAGCCAUCGGCGGGUGAACCCACCCACACUGCGCAUGAAGAAGCUGAACUGGCAGAAGUUGCCAUCCAACGUGGCACGUGAGCACAACUCUAUGUGGGCGUCCCUGAGCAGCCCCGACGCCGAGGCUGUGGAGCCCGACUUCUCCAGCAUCGAGCGGCUAUUCUCCUUCCCUGCAGCCAAGCCCAAGGAGCCCACCACAGCGGCCACCCGGGCCAGGAAGGAGCCCAAGGAGAUCACUUUCCUUGAUGCCAAGAAGAGCCUGAACCUCAACAUCUUCCUGAAGCAAUUUAAGUGCUCCAACGAGGAGGUCGCUGCCAUGAUCCGGGCCGGGGAUACCACCAAGUUUGAUGUGGAGGUUCUCAAACAACUCCUUAAGCUCCUUCCCGAGAAGCACGAGAUUGAAAACCUGCGGGCAUUCACAGAGGAGCGAGCCAAGCUGGCCAGCGCCGACCAUUUCUACCUCCUCCUGCUGGCCAUUCCCUGCUACCAGCUGCGAAUCGAGUGCAUGCUGCUGUGUGAGGGCGCGGCCGCCGUGCUGGACAUGGUGCGGCCCAAGGCCCAGCUGGUGCUGGCUGCCUGCGAAAGCCUCCUCACCAGCCGCCAGCUGCCCAUCUUCUGCCAGCUGAUCCUGAGAAUUGGGAACUUCCUCAACUACGGCAGCCACACUGGUGACGCUGACGGCUUCAAGAUCAGUACAUUGCUGAAGCUCACGGAGACCAAGUCCCAGCAGAACCGCGUGACGCUGCUGCACCAUGUGCUGGAGGAAGCGGAAAAGAGCCACCCCGACCUCCUGCAGCUGCCCCGGGACCUGGAGCAGCCCUCGCAAGCGGCAGGGAUCAACCUGGAGAUCAUCCGCUCAGAGACCAGCUCCAACCUGAAGAAGCUUCUGGAGACCGAGCGGAAAGUGUCCGCCUCUGUGGCCGAGGUCCAGGAGCAGUACACUGAGCGCCUCCAGGCCAGCAUCUCGGCCUUCCGGGCACUGGACGAGCUGUUCGAGGCCAUUGAGCAGAAGCAGCGGGAGCUGGCCGACUACCUGUGUGAGGACGCCCAGCAGCUGUCCCUGGAGGACACGUUCAGCACCAUGAAGGCUUUCCGGGAUCUCUUCCUCCGCGCCCUGAAGGAGAACAAGGAGCGGAAGGAGCAGACGGCGAAGGCGGAGAGGAGGAAGCAGCAGCUGGCAGAGGAGGAGGCGCGGCGGCCUCGGGGAGAGGACGGGAAGCCUGUCAGGAAGGGGCCCGGGAAGCAGGAGGAGGUGUGUGUCAUCGAUGCUCUGCUGGCCGACAUCAGGAAGGGCUUCCAGCUGCGGAAGACGGCCCGGGGCCGCGGGGACACUGAAGGAGGCAGCAAGGCAGCCUCCAUGGAUCCCCCAAGAGCCACAGAGCCUGUGGCCACCAGUAACCCUGCAGGAGACCCUGUGGGCAGCACACGCUCUCCCGCCUCUGAGCCCGGCCUUGAUGCUACAACGGCCAGCGAGUCCCGGGGCUGGGACCUUGUAGACGCCGUGACCCCCGACCCUCAGCCCACCCUGGAGCAGUCGGAGGAGGGUGGUCCCCGGCCCCUGGAGAGGCGUUCUUCCUGGUAUGUGGAUGCCAGCGAUGUCCUAACCACUGAGGAUCCCCAGUGCCCCCAGCCCUUGGAGGGGGCCUGGCCGGUGACUCUGGGAGAUGCUCAGGACCUGAAGCCCCUCAAGUUCUCCAGCAACCAGCCCCCUGCAGCUGGAAGUUCAAGGCAAGAUGCCAAGGAUCGCACGUCCUUGCUGGGCGUCCUCCAGGCCGAGGCCGACAGCACGAGCGAGGGGCUGGAGGACGCCGUCCACAGCCGUGGUGCCAGACCCCCUGCAGCAGGCCCAGGUGGGGAUGAGGACGAGGAUGAGGAGGACACGGCCCCAGAGUCCGCACUGGACACAUCCCUGGACAAGUCCUUCUCCGAGGAUGCAGUGACCGACUCCUCGGGGUCGGGCACACUCCCCAGGGCCCGGGGCCGGGCCUCAAAGGGGACCGGCAAGCGAAGGAAGAAGCGUCCCUCCAGGAGCCAGGAAGAGGUUCCCCCUGAUUCUGAUGAUAAUAAAACAAAGAAAUUGUGUGUGAUCCAGUAAGGCCUCAGGCCCAGGCCCAAGGCCAAGUGAGAGAGCCCAGGCCACAGGACAUGCUGCCAUUCUGCCAAGAGAGGCUCUUCUGGGGGCCAGGCUGGCACUGGGCCCCGGAAAUCAAAACUCCGUGCCUUACCCAGCCGGGGCCCUCCCGGAGCCUUCUUGGGGUGUUGUGGCUGGGACCCCGACAGGCACCAGUGCCCUGCCAGGCCUGGUGUCCUCCUGGACCGCCUGCACGUGCCAGCCUCCCACCUGCUUCCUAAAGGCAACCCUGGCCCACACCCGCAUGCGCCCGGUGCAGCCUGCCAAGGGCCAGUCGGGGGGUGCUUUGUCCUGCCAGUGUCCACCACAGCUCUGCCUGCCAUUCAGCCCAGCAGGGUUUAAUCAAAACGCAAUGCUUUGCAAGUCUUUACUGCUUGGAGGUGGCUGAGUUGGGGGCCCUGGGCAAGGGUAAGCCGGCAGGCAGUGCCGUGGCAGGCCAGGGUCCCCUCCCGUGGGGUCUGGCCCCCGUUCCAGCAUGUCCAGCCCCUGAAGUUGGAGUGGGGGGCGGUCUGCCUUUGCUGCCACUGCCAGGCCUCUGCCCUGCAGCUGAAACUUGGCCAUCACAUCAACAGAAAACCCCUCCCAGUGCCAGCUGCCCAGCGUGGGCGGGCCCUGGGGACAAUACAGGUCCACCUGAGGGGCUGCAGGGUGACACCCAGCAGCCGCUGCCCCCUCACUGCCCACCCAGCGAGGGCAGCCUGCCCGAACCUGCCCCCUGCCAGGUGUGUGCCCUGAGGCUGGCGGCUGGAUGCGUGGCCAAUAAAACGCAGACCUAGCCCGG